AUGCCAUACUACGAAAUCACCCACUCCUACCCGCUGACCGACGCCCAGCGUCAGGCCCUCGCGCAAGCCAUCACCAAGAUCCACGUCGCGGCCUUUCACACGCCGUCCAUGUUCAUCAACGUGCGCUUCAUCGCCGAGGACCUGGCGCAGUCGCACGCCUUCGUCGCCGGGGUGCGCGUCACCAAGACUUCCAACAGCAUCAUCUCGUACGUGCGCACUUCGCCGACGCGCACCAAGGCCGACUUUGACAAGGUCACCAAGGCCAUCGAGGACGCGUGGUACAGCACCGUCGGCAAGGGCUCCGGGGCCGGGGCGCAGCAGCACCCGUAUCUGCGCGAGGCUCCGGAGACGCGCCUGCACGCGCUCGCCAUGCUGCCGAUUGUCACGGCGCGCGAGGCCGGCUUUGCGAUUCCGGUCGCCGGCGAGGAGGCCGAAUGGAUCGGCAAGCAGCUGCCCGUUUUCAAGCAGCUGGCGGCCAGCGGGGAUGCUGGCUUUGUUUCGCUGCUUUCCGAGUUGCAGGCCAAGGCCGGUGUUUAA